AUGUCGAAUCCCGUAGCUGGCACGCAAGAAGCAGGUUCAACGGCGAUCGCGUUUGCGUUAAAGGACGUCUCGGUUGAGCGUAUAGUGGGGCCUGGAAACGACGAGGUGGUGAAAAUAGGGUCCUUCUGGGAGUCGCAGCCCGUAGUGAUUCAUUUUCUCCGCCGCUUUGGCUGCCGCAUCUGCAGGGGGGGAGCCAUGGACAUGUCUCGCGCCAUCCCCCACCUGCACAACGCGGGCGUGCGAGUCGUUGCCAUCGGGUUGGACCAUCUGGGGAUGGACGAGUUCAUAGAUGGAGGCUACUGGAAGGGCGAGUUGUACAUCGACGAUGGCAAGCGCGCCUACCGAGCCCUGCAGCUCAAGUCCAUCUCGCUCUGGCAGGUAGCGUAUCAGCUACUGUUUGACAAGACAGUGAAGAAGUCCCUAGGAGACACGGCCAAUGUGAAGGGCGACCUGGCUGGAGAUGGCCUGCAAUUGGGAGCCACAUUCGUGUUCGAUAAAGGUGGCAAGCUGCUUCAUGAUUUUAGACAAGUGACAGUGGCAGACCAUCCGUCUCCAGAAGAGCUUUUGAAGCCCUUUGGAAUUGAUACAAGUACGCCCAACCCCCCUCCCGCCGCUGUUCCCGAUCAGGGACCCGUCUCCCUCCGCCUCCCCGUCGUGCGCGCGGCGGCAGGCGAUGCGGAGAGCAGCGGCGCGGAGAAGCCGCGGGGGGAGCGCGCCAAGGGCAUCUUCGAGUUCGUGACGGACAACCCGUCGAGCCGCUCCGCCAUCCAGCUCAAGAACGCGCCCGCCAUGGACGGCAACGUCGGCCAGAUGAUCUCGGUGCGUGCGCGUGACGCUGGCGCUGGAGGCGAGGCGGAGAAGGGGCGGGCGGGAGGGUCGGAGGAAUACGUUGAGGCGUUUCAGUGGAAGGCCGGGGCGAUAGAGGACAAGGGCAAGGACAUGGGGUCGUACUUGCUGUCGGGCGAGUUCCAAUACUUCGUCCGCCAAAUAGGCAACACGGGCGAUCCUCUGGUGGUGUACCUGCACGGCGCACCGGCACAGUCGUGGGGCUUCCGAGAAGUGAUGCAGCAGAUGGCGGAGAAGGGCUACAGAGGCAUUGCGCCCGACUGGCUGGGCUUCGGCUUUUCAGAGAAGCCCCAACCAGGGUACUACUUCGCUUAUACUGAGGAUGCGUACCAUCAAGAGAUGGACCGCCUCUUGGAGACUCUCAACGUCACAGAGCCAUUCUAUCUUGUCGUGCACGGCUAUCUGGUGGGCAGCUACGGCCUCACAUGGGCGCUCAAGAACUGCAGCCGCCUCAAGGGGCUCGCCAUCCUCAACACGCCGCUCUCCCCCUCCUCGCCCCUGCCCCAGAUCUUCCAGCAACUCAGACUGCCCUUCGUGGGCGAGUUCCAGUGCCAGAACGCCGUGCUGGCAGAGCGCUUCAUCGAGAAGGGCAGCCCCUACUCUCUCGAGUUGGACAAUGCAGACGUGUAUCGCCUGCCUUACCUUGACAGCGGAGAGCCCGGAUUCUCUCUCCUGGAGACGGCCCGCAAGGCCAACCCCAAGCAGCUGGGGGAGAGGAUUCAAAACGCGCUCUCUUCCUCUAGCUGGACGGUGCCAACAGUGAUCGCAUGGGGCAAGGACGACCCAUACAUCCCCAUCACAGAAGCCCAGGCCAUUGCCAAGACCAACUCUUCAUCAGUCACUCUCCGGGUGCUGGAGGGGGCCGGGCACACGCCGCAGGAGGACUG